CGUCUCAGGGACAUCGGGUGAUCCAGUCUUUAGCUACAAUGCUGUCUGAUCUAGAGAAGGCCUUGGAAAGCAUGGUUGAUGUCUACCACAAGUAUUCCGAGGUGAAAGGGAAUAAACAUGCUCUCUACAGGGAUGAUCUGCAGAAGUUGCUCACCACUGAGUGUCCUCAGUAUGUGCAGAAGAAGAAUGCUGAAACCAUAUUCAAAGAGUUGGACAUCAAUAUGGACAACGCAGUUAACUUCGAGGAGUUCCUUGUGUUGAUGAUAAAGGUGGGCCUGGCCGCCCAUGAAGACAGCCACAAGAAGUAGCAGAGCUUCUGGCCCGGGGCUGGGCCCCUGGACAUGUCU